CAGCAAGGCAAGGCAAGGCAUCCGAGCAGUGCGACAGAAAACUGAACAAGGCAACUAAUCGAUCCUUCCACCAUCGAUCACCAUGGAGAGCAACAAGAUCCGUGAUCCGCUGCUUGCGACCGUGCCCAAGGAGGAGGCCAUCCCGGCUGCCGUCCGGCGGGCCACUGGAUGGGCGCUCUUCACCGCGUGCGGCACCAUCCUCUCGUUCGCCGCCGGCCAUGCGGCCGCCUACGCAGUCGGCCAGUACCAAGACUGUUCCACCCAGGUCGGACUACGUAACUACACCCGCUUGGCUGGUUUCUGGACAAUCCAAACUUUCGAUCGAUGGAUCCUUCCAUCAUAUUCAAGCUGGUUGGGUGUGGUGUUCGUCUGGAUGCACACGCCGUUCGUCCUGCGGUGCGUCCAGUGGACCGACGCGCAGGCCGCCGACGACAGCACCCUCUGGUUCGGGAUGCUGUGUUGCGCGCUACUCCAGGCGGCUGCGGCGGCGCUGGCGCUGCACCUCCCGUGCCACCGCCGCUGGGCCCGCCGCGCCCUCGCCUUCCUCGCGCUCGUCGUCACCUUCGUCGGCCACUGCAUGUACGCCGCCGCGGUCCGCCUCCUCCUCGCCGUCGACCCAGCAUACAUCAUCGCCAGGAUCUUCUGCACGGCAAACAUCGUCAUCUUCGCGGGGGGCGACCUCAUCUGCUUCCUGGGCUUCCUCCUGGGAGGUGACAACUGAUGAGCAGGGCGUAGGCAGCCGAUCGAUCAGUUCGCGCAUUCAUGAGGUACGGAUGAAGUGAUGACUGAUGAGUACCUAGCUUGUUCUAAGGAAUAAGAAAGUAGAGUAUGCAUUAUAUAUUGGACCUAUACUAGUUAGUAGUAUCUGUGUAAUGUGGGCUAUAUACUUCGCUUGGAUUAUAUAUUGGACCUUUUCAUUUCCCUGCAGUAUGAUCAUCAGACUUCAGACAUAAGUUAUAUGUUCCAGCUUCGGUACAAUUGUUACUGUUGUUUAAUUAUAUAGUAUA